AUGCCUACCACCCGACGCUCAAGUGGCGGCGGCCGUGGUGCUACUGCCACAGGUCGACAAUCGACGCUAUCCUUCAACCACCGAGUCACCAAACCCGUUCCCAAGUCCGCCAAAGACCUAGUCUCGAAGCCGGCGAAGCAGAGCCCAUUGGGAAAGCACAUUUCUUCCGCACAGCCCUCGCCAACUCCCGAAGACGAAGACUCUAUCAAAGAGGAAAUUAAGGACGAAGAGGAAGUAGAGGCAAGGCCGCGGCCAGAAGAGAAGCCUAAGUCAGAAGCGGAGCUGCGCGCGGAUAAGAUUACUGAUUGCCAGAUCGAUCAGUACUGGCGUAAGCUGGAGCGUGAGCGCAUUGCUUCAAGGGUCCAUCAGGAGGACCUGACGUUAGCCGAGAAGGUGUUGCGGUAUUGGGAUGUUAGCUCGCAGUACGGGCCAUGUGUCGGAAUUAGCCGCAUGAAACGGUGGAUGCGUGCCGACAAGUUGGGUCUGAACCCCCCGCUAGAAGUCCUCGCUGUGCUCCAGAAGGAGGAGGCCAAAGGCACUGGAGGUAUUGAGAAGGCUCAUAUGGAUGAGAUCCUCAAUUCGACAUCUAUUGGUUCCGUUUAA